GCCGCCGCCGAGCUUUGGAUUACGACUGCCCUGGAGGACCCGGACCUGCAGGAGAGUGGCCUGGGGGAGUAUGUCACCGCGGCCGAGGAUUUAGAUGGUCUUCCCCUGGAGGACCACGAGGGUGGCGAAGCCGACGAAGAGGGCGCCGUGGAUGCUGGGGAAUUGGCUCGGCUGCGGGCUCGCCUUCAUGCUUUGGAGCUCUCGGCCAACACUGCUCCCCCUGCCGGGGCCGGUAUUGGUGGCUUCGCUUCUCGGGGCCCUUCUGCCCAAGCUCGACGUGGUGCUCGCGAUUUGUUUCCUCCUUCGGGGUCGGCUGCCAUCACAGAUGCCGACAUGCAGCGACUACGAGAAGCAGCUGGCCCACCUCCUGAAAAGAUCGCUCAGCACGAGCGGGAGCCCCGAGGGGCACUUACGAGGCAGGCAGACGACCUCCUUGCAGAGAUCGAGGCGGGCGCCAUCCAAGACGAAGGGCUCCCCGCUGGAGGUUCCAACGACUCGGUGCUGGAGCGGCUCUUCUUGAUCCAGACCCAGAUGUUGGCUCGCCUUUCCGCGGGCAAACCAAGGAGCCCCCUGGAGGCUGCAUUGGGUUCCGGCGGGGGCAAAGACGACGCCAGUCUUUCCGCAAAGGGCUCGGCGGCGAGGGAUGCCUACGUGCGCCUCUUGAAAGACAACGUGGCCGUGGCCGAGCAGAUCAGGCGUUUGGCUGCGGAGGAGCUCGGCGAGGAUGUGCAGGCGCCGCCCCCGAAUCUCAUGCGGACCUUGUGGAAAAGAGGAGCCCUGUGGCCGAGCAUCGUACCUUGGCCCUGGGUGAGCAUGUUCGCUGCGCACGGCUGGGAGCAAGCCCGCGAAAAGCGGAAUGCGGACCUGGAGGCUUCUGCUGUGGGUGCCUCGACGACGGCUCCUUCAUGCAAUGGGCAUCCUGAGGUUGUUUCAGUUGUUGCGGGUCUUUCGUGCAAGCCGGUCGUCGCUGAUCGCAUCAAGUGGUCACUGCCGCCUUCUUUUGAUCCGGUGCCCUUUUUGCUUGAUCCCGAAAUUAAGCGGGCUUACCUUGAGCCUGAUUCGGUCAAACUGCCCGAGGCCCUUUGGCCGAAACUCCCGCGCUCCAAGGUUCAUGCCUCGCGCGGCGAGCUCCUCAAGCUUGCUGCAAAGUGGGACAAAUUCAAGGCGCUUCGGAUUUUCAAUUGUUCUGAGGUUGAUUCUUUGGAAACCGUUGGCUGCUUCGGGGUUCCCAAAGAUAUCUCCUUUGAUAGGUUGUGUUGCGAUGAUCUUAGCGAGAUGUAUUAUACUUUUGUGGUUCCACCCCUUAGGUUUGUUCACGAAUGCAAUUGCGCUCGAAAGCGCCGCUUCGUGAUACUGAAAUCUUUGCCGCUGCUGAUACUGCGUAUCCCCUUGUGGGCUUGGUGCCCCACCCGGGGAAACGUAAACGACAAGUCACUUCUGGCACCUUCCUCGGUGCAGAUGUGGAUGGAUGCGAAGGUUUGGUUUCGGCACCGCGGCACCGCAUCGGAGUAUUGA